CAGCAACAGGUGUUGAUGCACUCCGCGUCAUCAGCGAGCGUAAACAAACUCUUUAACCGACAAACAAAGACACGCUUUUAAAAGCUUCUGAUGAGUGAGGGAGCUUCCAAAAUAUGUGGUCCAAUCCCCCCAGAUCCCUCUCUGUUUCCUCAGUACUACAGACGACCAUCCUCAGCUCGUGGCCGUUUAGAGGGAAACUGUAAUGGGACAUCGGCCCUGUUCAUGGGUCCACUUGCUCCAGAUCCGGUGUUGUUCCCAGGCUACUACAGUGGUCAUACACCUGCCCAUCGCCCACGCAUCAAUCCAGAUGCCACCCAUAUUCUUGAACGUGGAAAGAAAGGGGUUGUGGGAGAUCUAAUCAAACUACAGGGUGUCUCUAAAAGUCCUGUUCCCAGUCCGAAACCCAGACCAUUUGACUUUAGUAAAGAAAAUAAACGCCGCCUGCGGGAGAUCCAGAAGCGCUGCAAAGAGCAGGAGGCUGAGCGAGCACAGUCCCGACCUGUUCCUGUUAAAGCUAUGUGGAUGUCUCCCAAGUACCAGGAUGUCCCAUCCAGGGUGAUGGCCCAGCUGGAGGUUUCUGAUCCACCCAUUAAGCCACAAUGUCAAAACUUUCUGAAGGCUCACUCUAAUGGUGGAUCUGCUGGACCCCAAAGACCUUUAGGUGUUGCUGUGCAGCGCCCAGCUUCAUGCAUCCCUACACACAACCAGGAUCUGAAAACCAUAAACUUCAUAAAACAUAAUGCCCUGGCUGCAGGAAAAACUGUUAUUCGUCGGUCUCAGUCACUGACAAACCUAAGAGACAAGCCUGUACCUUGUGCAGUCAAGGGACAGGUUCCUCAGUAUCUUCAAGAAAGGAAAGUACAGUGGUGUAAAGAGAAGGAGGAGAGGGAGAGGAAUGCACCUGACCCUACAGUCCCCCCUGGUCACACCCGGAUGCCUGAUAGUGAGAGAGAAGGAACACUGAAGACCCUGAAAGAUACCCACCGCACCUUGGUGACCGAGCUGCUUUCACUCCCAUUGAAAGCUGACAGUCCGAGCUUUCGCUCACGUCGAGCUCAUCUUGAUUGCAGGCUUUCUGAGAUCGAGGAGGCCAUUAAAAUAUUCUCCAGGGACAGAGUUUAUAUAAAAAAUGAUUCCUAACACUUGAGGAAGAGGACCAAGAAAGAAGAGGAGAAGAAUCCACUACUCCAUAAAGAGUUUGUUUUUUGAGUUGUUUUUUCUUUUAGUUCAUUUUUGAACAGCGUCCCUCGACUUAUCUGAUUAGUCGCUUCUAGUUAAAGAAGCAUUUUGUAAAGAGAAAAAAUACAGGUUUUAUACGAGGGACUGUAAAGGCAGCUGUUGAGAUUACUGAAUGGCAGCUUUAAUCUAAUAUAUGUACAGUACAUGCUAAAUAAUAAUAUGCAGCAUGUACAUCAAUGACAUGAGGUUAUCUUGAAAAAAUGUAAUAAUAAAGAGCAUACAUUUUGUACAUUUUACUUAAAAACCAUUAGCGUGUUAAGUAUCAGUUACAGCCACGAGAUUUGUUUUAUUACUAUGGAUUUUUCACUAUGUACAGGACUUUUUAAAUUAUUGACCUUUAUAUUGAUACUACACCGUAAACAAUUCACCAAAACACAUUUUAUCCAGUGUAUUAACAAUACAAUAAAAAAAAAAAAUACGUGCAAACAUACUGUACAUACAUACAGUACUCGAGUUGAGGGGAGAUGAGGGGGGAUGGCAUCCCCGCUGAAAUAAAAACGGCCAAAAUCAUCCCUCCUGUAAAACUGCCUUCCCCCCUUUUCAUCCCUUAUUUCAUUUCAUCAAUGAAUGUGGUAUUACUGCUAUUUCAACAUUUAGAGUCAUCACCAGAAAAAUAACACCAGAAAAAUAACUUAUUUGACAAUUUUUACCUGUUUUAAGUCAAUUUUCACUCGAAAUAAGUAGAAAAAUCUGCCAGUGGGACAAGAUUUAUGUUCUCAUUCAAAGCAAACAAAGUACAAGCAGAUUUUUCUGCUUAUUUCAAGUGAAAAUCUACUUGAAACAGGUGAAAAUUGUUGUUUUUUCCGGUGAGUCUUGUUUUAAGUGUAAUGAGAUUUCUUUUACUAAAAUGAGACAUUUUAACUAGAAAUAAGACAAAUAUUCUUGUUAAGAUUUUGAGUUUUUUGCAGUGAUCUAUUUUACUUAUCCUGUGAAGGACAGAGUCAUAUUGAUAAUUUCAGAAAACUGUUUUUUAUUGUUGUGUUUUGAUGUAUUUGAUGUAAGCCCAGUGGAUAUUUAAAGCUUACAGAAUGCUGCAUUUAACUGCUGCUAUGUCAUUCCUGCAGUAUUUCUGC